AAAAAUCGUAUCGGUUUUCGUCGCUCGAGAUGCGCGAUUCGGGUCUCGCGUCGCCGACAGCUCGACGAGACGCGAGUGUCGUCGCGAUUUUGGGGUUAUGUCGACGAGGCGCGCGGUAGCCUUGGUCGCGUGCGAACGACCUCGAUUGGUCGGAAACGCUCGCGAAAUCGUCCUUCUCCCUUCGUAUCGCGUUACAUAAUUGUUCGUCCGUUUGUUCGCGCGACAUUUACGGCACCCCCGGGAUACGCGAUCUGUCAUAACGCGCUACUACGACCGCUCGCUGCAAAAUGACGGAGAGUGGCGUGCCCAGAAUGAAGCGCAAUGGUGCGCGACUUUUUAAGAAUCCUCCACAGCCGCAUAUGUGCAUACAAGAUUUUAUACAGGGCACUACUGCACCAUGUUAUGUAAAUGUACUGUCUUGGGAUAAAAUUGCAAUGCCUCGCAAACCUUCACUGCCUGUGCCACUUUACGGAGGUAUGAGAGUGCCACCACCUCGCACAAAAACAGAAGCCAUUGUGUUUGCUGUAAUGGCCAAUCCAGAAGUCCUACGAAUGAGUGGCAAGAAUGCUCAAGAUCCAAAAAGGCGUAUGAUCUUUAUCGAGUUACUACUAGACUUCGUAGAAGCAAUGAACGCAGGGGUUUUCUUCAGUCGUCAUUAUACAAUUCUAAAAGAUCGAGAUAUCACGGGCGAGCUGAAGGAAAUUUGGAACGCAGUGUUAGCCAUUCGUGAUAGUGAACAACGUCCGCCCCAGCAGGAAACCUGGAUCGACGCUCAACCUUCUAUGUCGCAGUAUCCUCAGUAUCCGGAACAGCAGCAGCAACAGCAGCAAGAGUACACUCCACAACCGCCGCAGUAUCACUCGAGCAUCGCAUAUGGCAGGACUAUUAGUAAUGAAAAUAUGCAUUAUGACAAUUACAGUCAUCAGCCUCAGAGUCCGAUAAUUACCAAGAACGAGCCGAUCUUCGUAUCCAGCCCUAUUAUAUCGCAACGGAAAAUACAAGUACUCUCACUUGAUCGUUACAAUUACCGGGAACAUGGCAGAGAAGAACAAAUCGUGCAAAAUAUUAUUACGACGCAGCAUCAGUUUCAACCUAGACAAGCGUGGCCUCAGUACGUGAAUACUAAAUAUAUGCAUCCGAACUCGAAUCUGCCAUACGGACCGGCCGCAAAUACUCCUCCGGUGAUUAACCCUCCAAGCCCAAUCAAGCCUUUUCAGCCAUACGCUGCUUAUCAACAACAGCAGCCGUGUAUGGAUAACGUAAUGCACAUUGAUAUUCGCAGGAUGCAGCAGCAACCACAAAUGCACGUAAAUAGUGUACAACCACAGCACGAGCAGCCAGGGACAUUUAAUGUACAAAAUAAUGCGCACAGAACGGGUAGACCGCAUAUGGGAGUGGUUCAGAAAAACAAUGCUACAAAGAGGCAGAAUUCACCUAUGCACACUUCUUGUACAAAUUGCCAAACGAAGGAAGAUCAAUCCUUUACAAAGCCGAAAAGCCCUGUUAAGGUUCUUCAAAGAGAAACACUGACAGAGCGGCAGGAUAUAACUAAUCAUACGGAGAACAAUAAAGUUUCAGCAGAAAAAACAGAGGAACCGAAGACUGCUUUAGUGAUUUUUGACAGAAUUAUAGUGACAGGUCUAAAUGAGGAUCUUAAAAAAGAUGAUGAAGUCGUGGUUGUGGAUACAUCGACGGAGAAAGAAGACAUCGAUAAUCAGGAAAGGGUGAGUACCAUUGAUAAUCCGCCGUCAUGUGAGGAGAAAAAUUCUGUAAAAUUAGAUAAGCCUGCAGAAACGAAAGAGACGGAAGUGCCAGCAGUGCAACAAUCAACUGUUCAGAAGAAUCCUAGCAAGUUUGUCAGAGGCAAUGUUAAAACGCGAAAAACGACGAAAAGUGAUAAGUAUAAUUCUCUUGUGUCGGAGAGUCCGAAGCGCAUGAACAGCAUUAUUAAGAGCGUGUUUAAAAUUAACCCGGGCGGAUCUGGCGAAGAGACGUUCAACAAAAGAAAAGUAAAUGGCCAAACGAAGACGGCUAAUGGUAAAGCGACGUGCGAAAACGAGGAACAGGGACAAGGAUACACGAUAUUAAAGAAGGAAGCUCAGGAAGAAAUAGUGAGCGAGAUUGCUCAGAUAUCCAUUCAAGACUGCAAAGACACGACCGAGGUCGGUCCCGUGCUCUCGUGAUAGUCUGGUUUACGGCUGGUACGCAGCUGUGCUGUCACGCGAUCGAGAGCUUUGAUGUAAAUAGAUAGGACAUUAUUCGAUAGAGAAAUCACGAAAAAACUAAAGCUACUGAAGGGAGGAGGAGAGAGAAGGAGACACGCCUUUGACGAUUGAAAAACUUACAGAAGAGAUAUUUCGAGCCUUUCCACUCGACGGAAUCUACGCGUCUUCCUUUGGGAAAACUUUGACGGUCAAAUAUCAUCGCGCAAAUAGCUAACAUUAUGAACAUCAUAGUGUGUGCAAUUCUACAGAUGCGGCGAAUCAUUGUCACAAUGCCGUUGAAUUUUUCGAUAGUCGGUAUCUGAAAACAUUGUCAUCUAUAGAAGACACUUCGAUAGUCGAUAUUUUAAUUCUUGGCGAUCCACAACUUUUCAAAAAUUACACAACAUACUUUGAAGUUCUUUUAUUAUUAAAGAACUUCUUGAAAGGUUUGGAGUAAACUCAAGAGCUCGAAAUAAACAAGAUAGCAAAGUGGAUCAUUAAGAAUUAAUCAACAGGCUGUGAGAACUGUUGCAAACAUAGUGUACAUGAUCAUACUAGAGUAACAGUACUAGAGUAAAAUCAACGUAUCUAUUUAUCAGCUAUCGUCGACUAUGGAAAUGUCAAGAAAGCCAUUUGUUUGGGUACAAUUUGAACUUUAAUGUACAGUUUGAUUAAUCAUUUUUUACAACGUAUAGCCAUAUUUAAAACAUAGAUUUUUUUCUAUUUUGUUUUUAGUAGCAGUUCAGUAUAAUUCGAUUAUAAUUUUUAUAAUAUCUUUGUAGCUAUUACUACAAAGAUAUUGUAAGGUUCCAAAAUGUCAGAAGACAUUUGUUAUGGUGGAAUUUAUUAGAUUUUUGUUUAAUUAAAUUAGCCAAUGAAAUGACAAAUUCAGUUUUCUUUCUAUUCUAGAUUUUAUAGAAAAAUAAGUGUUGUCCCUUACAUAAAGUGAUGAUACAUAAUUUGUUAAAUGUUUAAGUUUUGAUUUAAAACAGAUAUAUAUAUAUAUAUAAAGCGAAUGAGUGAGAGUGAAUGCGCGUGUGCAUGUGCGUGUAUGUCUGUGUGUGUGUGUGUGUGUGUGUGUAUAACACUCUGAACAGAACUAAAUGAUUUGUUUGGUAUUAUUAUUGUACCCACUACGGCGACGAAUGCGAUCACUUGAGAGCACGAGCUCACAUUUGCUAAUUGAAAUCCGUCUAUCUAAUAAUCAAUCUGCUUCCAAUAUUUCGCGGCAAAAGGGAGUCGGAUAAACAAAGAGAGUGAUAUUAAAAUACUUUUAAGUGUACGAGAUAAUCUGGGACGCUGCCUAGUGUCGUCCCUGUGCGCACGGAAACGAAUUGAGAUUCACUUUGGAUUUGACUAAGCGCCAAAGCUGGGUAAAACAAGCGCGAUACUCGAGUGAAUGGAUACAUUUAUGUAUUAUUUAGGAGACAACGAUGUUUAAGUAUUGUGCAACGCGAAGUUUAUCGUCGAGAAUAAUGCUUCAGUGAAACAUCCGACGUAGUCACAGAUGUACGCGAAACCAGUUCUACGAUAUUGAGAAACUUCGCUAAUUAAUGAAUCAUGUGAUAGUUUAUUGAGCCGCUAAUAGCUAUUCAGACAUUCGUUCUGUGAUUGAAAUAUGUAAACCAAUGUUUUACCCAGCUUCGUUAAGUAUACAGUGACAUUGUCGACAGUACUACCAUUAGAAAGAGAUGAUAGGUUUAAGCCGCAGUAACGUGUAAUUAUUGCAAAACGAGUGUUGUCGUAGAUUAACGAGGAAAGAAGCAUUUUAUUAUAGAAUGUAUAAUCUGAUCAUCUCUCGUACUUAACUUUCUCAAAGCAAUCGGAGAAAUCCCUAUCGAAAUUCGCAUAACUUCUUUAGGAACGUACAGUCAGCGAGAGUUCCUUAAUCUUAUUUGGCUGUCAAGAGCUAUAUUAAAUCUUCUAAUAAAGAUCUGUUAUUUGUAUAUUACUUUAUAUUUAUACAUAUUAUGGAAUUUAAUUCGAACAAUUGACAUUUUAAUAUUACAUUUUAUCGAAUUAAACAAUUCAGAAAGAAUCGGACAACGACUCGCUGACCACGUUCGUACAAAAAACUUUUUUUAUCUAAAAUUCUCAAUUGCAAAUUGAUUGCAUUUCAGUUCCUUCAACGUCAUUCAUCUUUUAGUUUGAAUGAUCGUCCUGUAAGCGUCAAAUACUCAAAGCCAUUUAUGCGAUUUACAGAGGACAGAAAAUCUGCCAUCACAACUCGUAUAAUCUUAUAGUUGAAAGAAUGUACAGGGAUAUCGUAAAGUAACUGAUCUGAGGAAAUACGCUUCUCAAUUGGAUAUUCUGCCAGUUUUAUCAGCCUAAGAAGAGAAAUAUGCGUCACAUACAACCUGAUCGAGACUAAUCGGUCAAUUAUUGCGCUUAUAUAGACAUAAUCGUCCAAUUAGCCCUCGAUUAGUUACGAUUGCGUCGCGUACAUUAUUUUCCUAUUUAAUGCGUUAAGCGACGUCUAAACGAACCGCAUAUUAGCGAUCUUGUCUCCGAAAGAUGAACAAAAACUGAACAGUUUUAAUGAAACGUAAUGUUUAAAGCGUUAAGUAGCCAUCUAAUGCUAACAGUCUUCUAAGCAUAAAAAUAGUAUUUGGCCUCCAUUGUAGACGAUAUACUGUCGUUAUAUUCUAACAGUUUUCACACAAUGCCGCCACGAUAAAAGUGGUGGAUAAAACUGCCAUUUUUAAAUUGAAAUAGUUGGAAAGAGUCGAUUUUUAAUCGCGCAAAUAGUGCUACGCACGAAUCAUGUGUAAUAAUUAAUUCUUAAAUCUAAUUAUCAAUCGAUGAAGUCGGCUUCACGUUUUUUCUUCUUUUCCUGAACUUUACAGGAUGAGAGUUUCUUCACGAUCCAUUUCAUUUCCGAUAGUUUUGUGACAAGAACAAAUGAUAUUUGUAUCUAACGAGAUUUUUGACCAGUCAAUCGCUCUUACGCGUCAUCUUGAAGUCGGCUUCAUUAAAAAUAUAUUUUUAUACUUUAUAGUGCGAAUUUUUAGUCGAGAAUAUAACUGUUUAGGAAUUGUGAGAUUAUUCUCAGAAGCACACACAUUAUUUUUUUACAAACACAAAAUAUGAAAUUCUACUAUGCAGUGUAAAAUUAAAUUACUACUUAUUAUUAAUUACGCUGUAAACUUUUCAUUUUUUGUUAUAAACGUUAUCUAAUUUGUGAAUUUAUUUUUUAUUUUUAUUUGCAUAUCUUUAAUUUCUAAUAUAAUUUGAAUACAAAUAGAUUAAACGCGCGCGCAAUAUUUUGGUAACUUUUAUUCUAAAGAAAAAAGCGCGAUUUUACUGGUUUUUAUUAUAAAAAACUAUUUUAAGAACUAGUUCUAAUUAUUAAAGAAAAUUGUAAAAGUAUAAUUAUAUUUUUAGAAUAAUACUUUGAAUGUGUCAUCUACAAAUUAACAAGUUAAUGGCAUUUGGAAACGGCAUUUUUAUAGGAGAAAUCCUCUUCACGACAAUUUUACCGUUCUCUGAAUAUAUAUUCUAGGUGUAUUGCCAGCUAAUAGUUUUAAGAUAUCCGAUUCGGACUACUACAGGGAGACUCUUUGCAACUAUUUAAAUUUGCGAACCGCACUUUUAUCAUGAUCCUCAUGUCGCAUGUUUCGAUAUUUUAAAAUGUACUUGUCAACUGUUUGAACCAGAAAACCGCCUACUCUCCAAUUUUAUUUCCAAAUAUUAGUCAUGUUUGUUCAGCGUGUUCUCGAAGUGCUUCGUAACGUUAAAGAUCUCAGUUCACGAUUAGUUACUUGUUUAUAUACAGUAGCAUGGAAAGGACCAUAAUCCGCAGAGAGAUAUGAAAUUAUAAAAGCGAGGAGAAAAGGUGAAACAUGUCGCAUAAAAUGUGAUGCGAAAAUACCUCGAUUACUGUGGAAAAUUGCGAUUUUACAAUCGGCUGAAUUCUCCUAGAAACAGUGUGGGAAUAAGGCUGUGUAAUUAUUAUAUUGCGACCUGAGUCCCUUCUAUACAUGAUAUAAGAAUUGUUUUAUUUAGUACACACUAAGCGUCUCUUUAUACAAACAUCGACUUGGUCAAACUGUGGUAAACGAAUCGAUGUGUUAUAUCGCGCGCAAUUUUUACACAAUUGAAUAUGGAAUUCUAAAUAUGGACUAUAUACCCUGGAAUAAUCAUAUAGACUUUCGAGAAAUCAGAGAUUGAAUGAUGAUAUAGCCUCAUGAAUUUAUGAGACGUGAUAUGAUAUAUAUAUUGAUAUAUAUAUUUUGAUCGCAUCUCCCUUCCUCUCUUCAAGUAUGUGAAUAAAUUUCAUUAAAAUUCAAAACAUUCGUUACUUUCGCGAAAAGCAGUUUUGUUAAUAAAGAACAAAUGUUUUAAACAAAAGAAUGAGAUUUAUUCUCAUAUGAAAUUAUUAUAGUUAUAAAUGAUUUCUGACUAUAUAUAAUUUUGACUUUGUUCGUUAUAUUUAUCGAUGAAAAUAAGUAUCAAAUGUUACAUAUUGUUUUUCUUUUUUCAAUUUUCUUUUUUAUUCGAAUACACGAUGGCGCUUAGUGUGUUGGCAGACCUUUAUUUAUAAGUUUAUUUAGAUAAAUUAAAUUUGCGUAUCUCUUGCAAUGCAGAUCUUUAAUAAUGAUACUGAAACAGCGUGAUUUUAAGUACUUCUUUUAAGUCUUCAGAGAGAGAGAGAGAGAGAAGGGGGGGGGGGAAGCAGCGCAUUCAAAUGCCAACACGAAUUUUGUCAGUUUUAUGACUUUAUUACGGCAUUUUUCUUUUAAUUAAUUACAAUUCUAGGCUUGGCCCGUUUCUCUGCCAAAACUUCCUCGACGCCGCCCUCAUCUGAUUAUUGUUAAUAAUAUGUAUUCAGUAUUCGUGUUAUUUUAGAUUCUUAUUAUAUUAUUGUCAGGUAUAUAUAAAUAUAUUACGGUUUAUUUUAUCAUUAUUCCCACGAACAUUGUACUCUAUUAUUAUUCUAUAAUAUAUGGUUUUUCCAAAGUCUAUC